AUGGGGAGUUCUGCCACUUUUUCCUUGUCUAGUCUUAUGUGUGAAGAAGGCGAAGCUUGCUUCUUUGAAGACCAAGAUGAGAACCCUGACAUUAUUAUUGACGCUGUUGAUUACCCAUGUUUCGUUUUGGAGGAUGAAGAGGAAUACAUUGAGUAUUUGUUCAGACAAGAAACGGGAUUUGGAUCUCAGAAUCAACAAUUUUUGGCCUCCGAUGAUCAAUCAAACAGACACUGGUUGAGGAGUGCCCGUGUGGAUGCCAUUGGCUGGAUUUUCAAUACACGAGCAAAAUUUGGGUUCAGAGUUGAGACGGCCUAUAUAUCAGUGACGUACUUUGAUCGGUUUCUUUCAAAGCGAUCUAUUGAUGAAUCAAAACCUUGGGCUAUUCAGUUAUUAUCUGUAGCAUGUUUAUCUCUAGCAGCAAAGAUGGAAGAGCAAACUGUGCCGGUUCUAUCUGAUUAUCCAAUGGAAGAAUAUCGAUUUGAGAACAAAGUAAUUAAGAACAUGGAACUGAUGAUUUUGAGUACCUUGGAAUGGAAAAUGGGAUCAGCAACUCCUUUUGCCUAUUUGCAUUACUUUGUCGGCAAGUUCUGCCCUGGAUCCAGACCACAAACAAUAAUCACAAAAGCCAUUGAACAUAUUGUGGCCAUGGUCAAAGAUGUCAAUUUGACGGAUCAAAGACCAUCUAUAAUUGCCUCGGCUGCCAUAUUGGCAGCUUUUGAUGCUACAUUAACAAGAAAAGCAAUGGAUCUUCGAAUAAACGUAAUAUCAUCGUGGGGAAAUCUAGAAAGUGGAAAUGUGUUUUUCUGUUACAAUCUAAUACAGGAGAAGAGGGAAAACAAAGUUAAGACCCCUUGCUCGAAUUUGAUGUCUACCCAGUCGAGCUCCACGUGUGUUCUUGAGAACCCAUCUGACACUUGUUCAGGAGCUAAGAGAAAACUUAGUUUUGAGGGCAGGGAAAAUUGUGCGGCAAAGAAGCUAUACCGGCCUUAG